AUGGCCAGGCCACGGCUUGAGCCGGAUCCGGCUGCCAAGGAAUCCCUGUCACCUCUGGAGAGCAGGAUGCGGCUGGAGAUGCGCGAGCAGGUUGAAACUCUGAAGGCGAAGCUCCUGGAGCAGGCGCAGGAGAUCAGCCGGCUGCGCUCAGAGCUGGGCGGCACAGAUGCGGAGAAGCACCGGGACCUGCUGGCAGCCGAGAAUGAACGCUUGCGGCAGGAGAUGAAGGCAUGCGAGGGGGAGCUGCGGGAGCUGCGGCGGCAGCAGCAGGCACCGUGCUGGGACUGUGCCCACCUCCAGGUGCAGCAGAAGACAAACCGCUUGGCCGAGGUGGAGCUGCGGCUCAAGGACUCCCUGGCCGAGAGAGCCGAGGAGGAGGAACGGCUCAGCCGGCGGCUGCGGGACAGUCAGGAGACCAUCGCAAGCCUCAAGUCCCAGCCCCAGCAGAUAAAGUGUAUCAUCAAGACGGUGGAGGUGGAGUCGGCCAAGGCGAAGCAAGCCCUGUGCGAGAGCCAGUCCCGAAACCAGUACCUGCAGGAGCAGGUGGGGAUGCAGAGGCAGGUGCUGAAGGAGAUGGAGCAGCAGCUGCAGAGCUCCCAAAAGACAGUGGCUCAGCUCCGAGCUCAGAUCACGAUGUAUGAGGCCGAGCUGGAGCAAGCCCACGGGCAGAUGCUGGAGGAGAUGCAGGCAAUGGAGGAGGAGAAGAACCACGCCAUCGAAGAGGCGUUUUCCCGUGCCCAAGUGGAGAUGAAGGCAGUGCACGAAAACCUGGCAGGCGUCCGGACCAACCUGCUGACACUGCAGCCCGCACUGCGCACCCUCACCCAUGACUACAACAGCCUGAAGCGUCAGGUCCGCGACUUCCCCCUGCUCCUCCAGGAGACCCUGCGGAGCGCCAGGGCCGAGAUCAGCCAAGCCAUCGAGGAGGUGCACAACACCAACCGGGAGCUGCUGCGCAAGUACCGGCGGGAGCUGCAGCUCCGCAAGAAGUGUCACAACGAGCUGGUGCGGCUGAAAGGAAACAUCCGGGUUUUUGGGCGAGUCCGCCCCAUCAUGAAGGAGGAUGGCGAGGGCCCAGAGGCAGCCAACGUGGUGACCUUCGAUGCCGACGAUGAUGCCGUCCUGCACCUCCUGCACAAGGGGAAGCAGGUGUCCUUUGAGCUGGAUAAAGUCUUCCCCCCACAAGCAUCCCAGGAGGAGGUGUUUCAGGAGGUCCAGGCCCUGGUCACCUCCUGCAUCGACGGCUACAACGUCUGCAUCUUUGCCUAUGGGCAGACAGGAGCAGGAAAAACCUACACGAUGGAGGGAACAGCAGCAAACCCAGGGAUCAACCAGCGGGCCCUGCAGCUCCUCUUCUCCGAGGUGCGGGGCAAGGCGGCUGACUGGGACUAUGCCAUCAGCGUCAGUGCCGCCGAGAUUUACAACGAGGCGCUCAGGGACUUGCUGGGGAAGGAGCCGCAGGAGAAGCUGGAGAUCAAGCUGUGCCCCGACGGCAGUGGGCAGCUCUACGUCCCCGGCCUGACCGAGUUCAGGGUGCAGAGCGUGGAAGACAUCAACAAGGUCUUCGAGUUCGGCCACGUCAACCGGGCGACAGAGUGCACCAACCUGAACGAGCACAGCUCCCGCUCCCAUGCCCUCCUUAUCAUCACUGUCCGCGGCCUUGACCGCAGCACAGGGCUCCGCACCACAGGAAAGCUGAACCUGGUGGACCUGGCGGGAUCGGAGCGUGUCGGGCGGUCGGGCGCAGAGGGCAGCCGGCUCCGUGAGGCGCAGCACAUCAACAAGUCCCUCUCGGCUUUGGGUGAUGUCAUUUACGCCCUGCGCUCCCGGCAGGGCCACGUGCCCUUCCGCAACUCCAAGCUGACCUACCUGCUGCAGGACUCACUCAGCGGCGACAGCAAAACCCUCAUGAUGGUGCAGGUCUCCCCCGCCGAGAAAAACACGAGCGAGACGCUGUGCUCCCUGAAGUUCGCCGAGAGGGUUCGCUCUGUGGAGCUGGGGCCUGUCUCCCGCAAGGCUGAGCUGACCUCCUGGCCCAGCCAGGACCACCUCCACUGGCAACCAUCACGCAGAACUGCAGCAUCCUCCAGCCGGGGCCACACGUCCCCCAGCCCGGGGCAGCUCUCUGGCCGUGCCGCCUCCAUCCGCAGGAAGCUCCAGACCUCAGGGAAACUGAGGCCGGUCCCUGUGUGA